UCCCACUCCCACCCGGCUCUCCCACACGGCAACAAUAUGCCAAAGUCAGUGCUUUAUCUCGAUUUCGAAAUAUGAAAACUUUGAUAUGCCUUAAAUGAUACACACGCGAGUUGAAAUCAACAUGGAGCCGUCUCGCUUUAAGUGUUUACAUCCGGGUUGUAAUGCUAGCUAUCGUCGCAAAGAGCACCUGGUCCGUCACACAACGAGACAUUCUCAAUCUCGUGCAUUUUCAUGUCCUGAAUGUGGCGUCAAAUUCGAUAGGAGCGAUACCCUACGACGACACAAAAAAAUCCAUCUCAAGCCCGACGAGCCUGUUGCUCGUGUGGCCAGGGCUUGUGAUCGGUGCCAUGCCCAGAAAUCCAAAUGCGAUGGCCAUAUUCCGUGCGGGAUAUGUGCUCGAAAAGGAUUAAAAUGUUCUUUUGAAAGAGAGAUUGAAACCGGGAAUACUGCCACCUAUCAAAAAUCCCACGGAUAUCACCCCUACAGCGGUGGCAGUGAUCGGGCCCGGAAACAAAUUUCCUUUGAUUAUAUAGAUUACAUAGACCAAGAAGCAAAUGACAGCCUUGAGAUUACGGCUCAGACACAGCAAGGGAUUUCGUCUUCGUCUCUAUCAGGUGCAUCAGCGCAUGAUAUCCGCACAGCCCUCCUACAACACGAAACACAACUGCAAGACGACGCGGUGAGACUAGCCGAGCAACGCAAUCAAAUCCAGCCAUCAAGUUUACAGCUGAGAGAAUUGUUCGAUUUCCCACCUGCAAAUGAAGAGACAUCAUUCGCGCGUUCGAUCGAUAUCAAGUAUUAUGUGGAUCUGUAUUUUGAUUAUUUCCACCCGUUCUGGCCAUUCAUCAUGAAGAAUUCUUUCGAUCCAAAAUCAGAGCCCCGUGUUCUUGUUCUGGCUACUACGAUGAUCGGACUAUGGAUUACUGGAGAAGCUCGUCUGCGUAAGCUUGCGUGGACGAUACAUUCUCGUCUGCAUGCAAUGCUUCUGACGCAGGUGAGCAAUUGGUGUGUCCGACCAACGAAUAUGGGGAAAACCGGCACAUCUGCCAAUCCCCAUUUACCAGCCGGCCUGUCUAACAAGCGCUGGCCACUUGCGUCCUAUCAGGCGAUUCUCCUCUUCACCAUCUUCGCUAUAACAGCGCACAACCCGGCGGAUGUCAUGUCUUCGGAAACCAGUGUCGACGAUGAUGGGAAUGCAACGGAAAACAUUAAUGGUGAUGAUAUUAUAGACCAUAUUCGACCUAUUUUUACGCGUCUUGUUCGCACGUGUCGUGCUCAGGGCGUUUUAUACUAUCCCGCUAUGCUGGCCCAAGGUGGCAUUGACGACCCGCUGGUUUAUGCAUGGGUGAAUCUCGAGGAGUUGAAAUAUUUCGCUCUGACUCUAUACAAAGUCAGCGUCAUCUUCGCAAAACUUAGCAAUGAUGGUGAUAAUAUGCUGGAUGAUUAUGAAGACGAUGGUAAUAGUAGCAUUCUUUCACUUGAUGACUUGCAAUUCCCGGUCCCGGAUAAUGGAUACCUAUGGAGUACCCCUGGUGUUCGUGAAUUCUUUCGUCGACGCGAAUUGCAACAUCGUGAUCCUGCUACCGCGUCAAAGACGUCGGCACCGGGUGAUGCUGAACCAUGGAUAUCAGAGAUUCUGGGGGAAAAGGCUAAGGGGUUUUCAAGAGCACAAAAAAGAAAAGCAUGGAUGAGUCUAGGACCCUUUUUAGGAUAUUUGGUGGGAGUGGACCUUUAAUGGCAACGUUUGAAGUUAACUGUAUUAAUGAUACGAAUGAUAGAUGAUAUUGCAAGUACUGAUUAGUGCAAUGGAGACCAGUAGAUACUGGUUUAUAUUCACGUUGAUCUCUCGGAAUACUGGCAAGGUACUCAUC